AACUAACCUAUUAUCUUUGGUUAAACCACACGAAUUGCUUAAAUAAUCCAUACUUAUACCUUAAAUUCAUUUAUUUAUUUAGCUCAAAUGUGUCUUUGUUUGGAAUUUACGUAAAAGGCCUAAAUACUCCCCUCUGUCUCCACUCAAUGGCAAUAUAUCAACCCCACCUUCAGUUCCCUUUGAAGCAACAUUCAUCUUUAUAAACAUCCCUCCAUCAAUAAUUACAACCCAAGAUUUCGAAAGAUAAUGGCUGAUCUCUGCCGAGGCCGCCACCUAGUCCUUCUAUGGGUUUUAGCCACACUUGUAACCAUCUCUUCUGCUAUGCCACCACCAAACCCUAUCAAAUGCGAUCAAACAGAUUGCCAACUUUCUAAUUCCUACGGUAUUUGGGGUGACAGAAAAAUAUGUCACGCUCCAAAAAUUGUCUAUCCCACAACAGAAGAAGAACUUCGACAAGAAUUAGCAAAUGCAAACAAGAACAACCUUAAAGUCAAAGUUGUCACAAGAUUUUCACACACCAUUCCUAAACUCGCAUGCCCCGGUACUGGAGAUGCUGCUGUCUUCAUAAGUACUGAAAAAUACGACUCAACUAUUAAUGUCGACGUGGAAAAACGUACUGCCACUGCUGACGGCGGAGUUGGACUCCGGAAGUUUAUCGAUACAAUCGAAAAGGCGGGGUUGAGUUUAGUGGCCGCGCCAUAUUGGGAGGGAGUGACGGUGGCCGGAGUAAUAAGUACGGGGGCUCACGGCAGUUCGUGGUGGGGCAAAGGAGGAGCAGUUCAUGAUCAUGUUAUUGGUCUCAGUCUUAUUGUACCAGCAAAUGAAGCUGAUGGCUAUGCCAAAAUAAUCAAAUUGAUACCACAAAAUCCACUGUUCAAUGCUGCUAAAGUUUCUCUUGGAUUGCUUGGCAUCAUUUCUAAGGUGACGUUUCAAGUGGAGCCAGCAUUCAAAAGAAGUAUAACAUACAAUUUCACGAAUGAUAGUGAUAUAGAAGAUGAGUUUAUGGAACAUACAAGGAAGAAUGAAUUUGGUGACAUUCAAUGGUACCCUUCUAGACAUACUGCUGUGUACAGAUAUGAUAACAGAGUCCCCUUAAACACAUCAGGCGAUGGUGUCAAUGAUUUUCUGGGAUUUCAAUCCAAUCUUAUUCUGCUCUCUAAGUCUGUUCGAGCCACAGGUAUUAUACUAUCUAAUGAUUAAUAUUAUGGGAUUUUUUUUAUAGAAAGAUUAAAAUAUCCAUCCUUGAAGAGUCUAACACAGGAAAUAAGCAAAAAUCACUUAAUAAGAUAUCAAUUACAAGGUUAGUUUUUUUUUCUUUUCAUUUUAUAUACCUAAGUUAAUAUAUUCGACAUGCAAUCGAGAAAUCCGGAAAAUUUGAUAACCUUUGUCAUAGUUAUCGUAUAGUUUUGCUAUUGGUAAUGAAAGCUCAGUGAAGGGAUUAUGUGACCCCUAUGAUUAGU